AUGGCGCGGGGAGUCCAUGGCGGCCGGAGUUCUGAGGCGCGACUGAGGUGGAAACAGGCGGGUGGUAUUGUGUGCGGUUUGAUGAAUGGUGGUUCAAAGGCAGAGAAUGUCAUGUUUUUGUGGAACAUCAUAAGUAUGUUAAGAUUUAGUUCCACCCUCUGCUGCAUGGCAAGCACAAACGUUUCUCAAAGAAAAUCAGCCAAUUACCAACCAAACCUGUGGAAUUACGAUUUUUUGCAAUCAUUGAAGCAUGACUAUGCGGAUGUAAAAUAUGAGGACAUGGCGAGGAAGAUGCAAGAGGAAGUUAGGAGCAUGAUUAGGGAUGAAAAUGCAGAGAUUUGGACAGCACUGGAGCUGAUUGAAGAUGUGAAACGCUUGGGCCUGAGCUACCAUUUUCACAAGGAGAUAAGAGAAGCCCUUCAUAGGUUUCUCUCUUUGGAAAGAUGUAAUGGCACAAUUAUUCAUAGAACCCUGCAUGAAACUGCUUUAAGCUUCAGGCUCCUUAGAGAAUAUGGCUAUGAUGUCUCAGAAGAUAUAUUUAAGAGCUUCAAGGACCACAAGGGUAACUUCAAGGCAAGCCUUAGAAGAGAUGUGAAGGGAAUGCUAAGUUUGUAUGAGGCAUCUUUUCUAAGUUAUGAAGGAGAACAUAUUAUGGAUGAGGCCAAGGCUUUCACUAGCUUCCAUCUAAGGAACCUUGACAAAUAUAGAAUCAGUAGUAUUGUUUUGGAACAAGUGAAACAUGCCUUGGAGCUUCCACUGCAUCGUAGAAUCCAAAGGCUUGAAGCUCGGUGGUACAUUGAGGCAUAUGAUAAAAGAAGGGAUGCAAACCAGGUAGUGCUUGAAGCGGCCAAACUGGAUUUCAAUGUUGUGCAGUCAAAGUUGCAAAGGGAUCUUCAAGAAAUGUCAGGGUGGUGGAACCGGAUGGGACUAGCUCCAAAAUUAAGCUUUAGCAGGGACAGGCUAGUGGAGUGUUUCUUUUGGAGCAUGGGAAUGGCCUUUGAGCCUCAGUUCAGUGAUCUUCGUAAAGGUUUAACCAAAGUUACCUCUCUAAUAACUACAAUUGAUGAUGUCUAUGAUGUUUAUGGCACCUUGGAUGAACUAGAACUUUUCACGGAAGCUGUAGAAAGUUGGGAUAUUAAAGCUGUUCAAGUCCUGCCAGAGUAUAUGAAAAUAUGCUUCCUAGCUCUCUACAACACUGUCAACGGAUUGGCUUAUGACGCAAUUAAAAACCAAGGACAUGAUAUCCUUCCAUACCUCACCAAGGCGUGGUCGGUAAUGUUGAAAGCAUUCCUCCUAGAAGCCAAGUGGUGUCGGGAUAAGUAUUUGCCAACAUUCGACAACUACCUUAACAAUGCCUGGGUGUCAGUGUCUGGUGUAGUAAUACUGAUCCAUGCAUAUUUCUUGUUGAAUCCCAACAUCACUAAGGAGGCACUUGAUUCCCUAGAAAAUUACCAUGACCUGUUGCGUAGGCCAUCCAUUAUUUUUCGGCUUUGCAACGAUUUGGGUACUUCGAAGGCGGAGUUACAUAGAGGUGAAGGAGCAAGCUCGAUUUUGUUCUGCAUGCGUGAAAGUGGAGUUAGUGAGGAGAGUGCUUACAUCAAUAUCCAAGGUUUGCUUGAUGAAACUUGGAAGAAGAUGAACAAAGAUCGAGUCACAUAUUCUCCAUUUCCAAAGUCAUUCGUGGAAACUGCAAUGAAUCUUGCUAGAAUUUCUCAAUGCACAUACCUAAAUGGAGAUGGGCAUGGAGCCCCAGAUAGUGCGGCCAACGAUCGCAUUCGCUCCUUGAUAAUUGAACCCAUUUCACUAAGGGAGAACCAUGUAUCUUGA